AUGAGAGACCCUACAGCAGUCGAGAUGGAGGAGAAAAAACCAGCAUCGAAGAGUGGGGAGGCUCAAACAGCCACUAAAAUUUUACCUCCCCUAGAUGCGCCACCCCGAGAUGUGGCAGAUGACCCCUACAACGGUCGAGGCUACUCUCGCCUCUCUAUGGUUAUGAUGGUAGUCUUCAGCGGCCUUGCUAUCGGUUCCGACGGCUUUAACGCGUCAAUCAUUGGAAAUCUCGAAUUGAUCAUGGCGGUCAUUUAUCCUAAUUCACUGACCACCGCCGUGGCUUCUCGACUGUCCAACGCAUUCAUGGUCGGCAUGAUCAUCGGUAUGCUCUCGUUUGGUUAUAUUGCUGAUAAACUGGGCCGCAAGAGUGGUGCUGUUCUGACAACCACCAUUUUGGUACUGGGAAUUGCGCUGAGUGCCGGCGCCAGUGGACUGACUGAGGACGGCAUGUUUUGGAUGCUAAUCAUAGCCCGAGGAAUCGCAGGCGUUGGAGCAGGCGGGGAAUAUCCUGUGGCAGGAGCGGGUGCCGCCGAAGCCACUGACGAGGCUCCGGGCAUCCGCAAGCGGAGAGGAUUUAUUUUUGCAAUGAUUGGUGACCUGUCGGCAUCUCUUGGAUUUGCCUUCGGUGCCCUGGUGCCACUUCUUUUGCUUCUGUGCUUCCACCAAAAGGUGCAACAUUAUGAAGCUGUCUGGCGAGUCUCCUUGGCCAUGGGGGCUAUUGCUCCACUUUCCAUCUUCUGGUUUCGAUAUCGGAUGGUCGUAAGUUCUGCAUAUCGCAAGAGCUCCAUGAAAAAGCAGAGACUCCCCUAUUGGUUAGCAAUCAAAAAGUACUGGCGACCAUUGCUAGCCGUCUGUAGCACAUGGUUUAUCUACAAUUACAUAUCCUAUCCCUUCGGCCUGUUUUCAUCAACUAUCGUCGAUCGGGUGAAUCCGACCUCCUCCUUAGCUCUAACAAUGGCCUGGGGAACGUUGAUCAACUGCUUCUAUAUUCCCGGUGCAUUCAUUGGUGGUUUUCUCUCGGACCGUAUUGGCCGCCGCCGCACCAUGGCUCUGGGUUUCUUCCUUCAAGCCAUUCUUGGUUUCAUCCUAGGAGGAGCAUUGGGUCCGAUCCAGACAAACCUACCACUGUUCAUUGUGCUAUAUGGCGUAUUUCUUACACUGGGAGAAGUUGGCCCAGGCUCCACGAUUGUUCUCACCGCCAGCGAAAGCUUUCCCACAUCAGUACGUGGGCAUGCAGUGGGAUUAGCUGCUGCUUGGAGCAAGGCUGGAGCGGCAAUCGGAACUCAAGUGUUUAAGCCAAUUUUGGCUAGUUGGGGUGAUGAUGAGCUUCGUGGCACCCAAGCCGUGUUUCUGAUCGGAUCAGGCUUUGCCGUUCUUGGAGCCCUCCUGGCUUGGUUUGUGCUCCAGGAUAGCAACAAAAUCUUGGACCAUGGCGACCAAGAGUGGAAGGAUUACCUGGUUGCCCAUGGUUACACAAAUAUUGAAUGGGGUGCUGGAGAACAAACAGCUAUUCAGGAUGAAAAAUUGGCUGACUAG